AUGUCUAAAGAUGGAACUUUUUCAAUAAGCAAGAGUCAACAAGCUGGACGUCAUAUUUUUAAACUUGUAAAUAUGAACAAUGAAACAAAAGAAUGUGAAGCAAUUUUUUGGUUUGAUAAGAUGGAGAUGUUUUUUGUAAACCAUAGUUCUGAGAUUGUAGGCAUUAAUCGUAAUGAACAUCUUGAGUUGUAUUCUAGAAUUAACGAUAGUAUUCAAAAAAAGAUUAUUGACAUUGAGACUCAAGAGCUACAGAAAAAAAAAAUGUAA